GCACCGCGGCCCUGGUUAAGCUGUCGGCUUAGGGGAGGUGCGGGGGUCCUCGCUGUCCCGCCGCGUUGCGCCAGUGUGGGUCCUCUCCACUCCCUUGUUCCCGCAUAGCGGAGGUCUUGAAACCUCUUCGCGGGGGCUGCAGGACUUUCCGAGGGGCGGCAAGCGGCGCACGGGCCGCCGCGCACGCCUGCCGCACCAUGGUCCGGCUCUCUUCUCUCCUCUGCAAGGCCUAUCGAGGAGGCCACUUAACCAUCCGCCUCACCUUGGAUGGCUGUACCAACCGACCAUUCUACCGCAUAGUGGCUGCUCACAACAAGUGUCCCAGGGACGGCCGGUUCGUGGAGCAGCUGGGCUCUUAUGAUCCACUGCCCAACAGUCACGGAGAGAAACUCGUUGCUCUCAACCUAGAACGGAUCCGGCAUUGGAUUGGCUGUGGGGCCCACCUCUCUAAGCCUGUGGAAAAGCUUCUGGGUCUUUCUGGCUUUUUCCCUCUGCAUCCCAUGAUGAUCACAAAUGCUGAGCGAUUGCGACGGAAGCGCGCCCGUGAAAUCCUUUUGGCAUCUCAGAAAACAGAUGCAGGAGAUACAGAAAUAAAAGCCAGUUAGCUCACUUUAGUUGAGCAUAGCAGUGGGAACAAGGUCAGCGUCUUCUUAAAACACUUGUGCAGAGCUCUUAAUUGUAUUAGACUUGGAGAUCAAUAAACAGACUUUUCUGA